AUGCAACAAGCUAUACGAACAGUGGACAUUGGACAAGCAUACUUGAUAGCGUACGUGAAACCUCUCACAGAGACUCUUACCUCUCUAAUAUCAGCCCAGAUAUCUGAGCUGCGCGAACAUCUCGACCAGGUGCCCGUAUCGCCCGACCCGGAUGACGAAGUGGCGAAUGAAGUACCCGGUCCGGAGCUGCUGUUUGGACGUAAUCUUCAUGCGACUAGAGAAGAGUUGCUCGCCGCUCUUCCUCUACGGCCAGAAGCGGAUCGACUCAUUGAUACAUUCUUCAUAUCAAUGGAAUCUCAUCCAAGUAUGUUCACUACCUCGAUUGAAGAGCGCCCACUGAUAUCUCCAGCCCUCAUCCACAAGCCAACCUUUCUCAAACAGCUAAUGAUCACACAGUACAAUGAGCUGUGGACACAACCAUUCGAAACUUCAACUAUGUGGUUGGGUGUUCUCUACGCUGCACUGGCACUUGGCUUUCGUUUCCAAGCCGGGGUGAACGCUCAUCAACCUGACGAUACUAGACUGGCUCCUGAUCUGGUGCAAAUCGGCUUUUAUCGCGAGAAGGCUGCGCAAUUCAUGUCGCUCGAUUUUACCACCUCUUCUCAAGCCGGACUGCCACGGACGAUCAUGCCGUCUACGUACGACACUCAAGAGCCUCGCAAUUUAAGUGAAGAUGACCUUCACGAAGAUAUGCUAGAACUACCACCGUCAAGGCCCGAAACUGAGUUGACGCAACUACUUUACUCCAUCGUUCUCACAAGGUUGCGAAGCGUGCAGGCCAGAAUUGUAGAUCUCGUCAAUGCUACAUCGCUGCCACCGUACGGAGAGAUCACCGAGAUGGACGCCACACUAAGAGAUGUCUUCGAAAAAAUACCACAGUCGCCCACAUCAAACACCUUCGACGAUCCUAAUACCAACUUAUCACCAGACUUCAUGCGCUACACGUAUUUGAACGUAGCCUUCUUGAAGGCCGAGCUUAUGUUGCAUCGACCCUACUUCGUCCUCGGCCGAACCGAUAGCAGAUAUGCAUACUCUCGCAGGGUCUGCUUGAACGCUGCUAUAGAGAUGCUUCGCUUUCAGAGCAAGCUUGACGCUGAGGUCCAACCAGGAGGGUGGCGUCUCUCUACCUUGAGCUUGUACAUGUCUUCCAUCAUUGCGCAAGACUUCUUACUCGCGACUACCGUCUUGGUAGUCGAACUUGAUGAAGGCCUCAUUGCUCCUAUCCCACCGGCUUCUGAGCCCAUGGAAAGCGGGGUGCAAUUGGACCAUGCGUCCCCAACGCAAGAAGAAAUCAUCGCGUCGUUGCGCUCCGCUUAUCACAUCUGGAUCAGGGCUAGCAAAAGAUCGCAGGAGGCACGGAAGGUUGCUACAGCCGUGAAGCUUGUUCUCUCUAAAGUUCACGGCAGUGGGAUUUUCGACACCGACAAUCUUGGAUUCGCUGUUCCCGACUCGGAUGCUUUUGACAUGGGCGAUAGUGCUUUUGGUCACCCGUUCGAUUUUGGCUUCAUGCCAAUGGAUCUGGACCAGUAUACCUUACCUCUCGAUUGGGGUGAUGCGUUUCCCAAUCUCCAGCCGCAGCCUCUUGGACAAUAUCCCCCAGGAUCGUUCUUCCAGCAGUAG